AUGCGGUCACAUCAAUCAGGCAUACAAAAGAGUCAUGCGAAUCAUCGGCCCGGUGGUCAUCUGAGUCAGCUGUGCGCUAUUGGAAUUUUGUUUCAACUAUUCUGUGGUCAGUUCCACUCUGCGAAAGGAUUGCAUAUGGCAAUACUGACUACAAUCGAAAGAACAGACAUUCGCUCGGUGGUUCAAUUGGCAAUAGAACAAAUGCAAAAUGAAGCAGUGGAUCCAAGUGUGGGUACACUGACCGUGUCCAACUAUGUAGUACAGAAAGACAACGCCGGAGCGGCAUACCAAAUCAGCGACACCAUUUGUUCGGAAAUUGCGCAGGACCCCAGUAAACAUCCGGACGUUAUUGUCGAUUUGAGCAUGUUUACUGAGAACAGAUGUCUGUUUCAAUACACCGCUCGGCAAAUCGAUGCCGGAAUUAUGACAGCCGACAAGUCGGAAUGUGGCAACCUGGAAGUGGAAAAUUAUAAUAAUCCUUCUGAUAAUUCUUCUAUGGAGAUAACGACACUUGGUGUUCCCUCUGUGCGUUUUCCUGAAGCCUCUUCGACUGCCGCCUUGUCCGCAUUCGCCAGUCGUUUGCUGACUGCGUUACACAGUGACACGGUGUUCUUCACUGAUGAAAUCCUCGGUCCUCACUUAGUGUUCUCGGAUUUCGAAAAGCUUCAGUUUGUCGGACGUUAUUUCAUCAAACUAAGCCGACCAACCCAUGCAACGGAACUAAUUGAUUUGAUGGAAAAAAUCUAUCGAAUUGUUCAGUCUGAUUUGUGGAUCAUGAAGGUUUCGAGGGACACGAUGAAAACUAUUCUCAAUGCGAUUGAUCAGCAUGACAUCAGUUCGUCCAUGCUCAAUAUCAGUUGGCUCAUUUACGAUGGAAGUUUGAAUCCUAAUCAGUGUCAGUUGUUGUGCUACACGGACGAAAGUGGGGUUGUUCGCUGCGACCUGCAAAAGAUUUCCAAAGAGUAUUUGUGCAUCAAACUGGAUUUGAGCAAUGCAGAUAUGAAUGCACUGGAGCUCGUGAAACGUCGAGUUCCAAAUGCGUGGGACAAUCCAAAUGUGGAUCAGGUAAAGCCAACGCUGAAACCUACUUAA